AAAAAAUUUUUAAUCAAGAUUUAUGUGUUUGCGCAAAAUCUGAGCAUGCGAUGUUUUGUCAUUUGACUGAUUGGUUUCAUUAUACGGUUUGCCCCAAUCUGACCCAACAAAAUUAAAUCUAAUACAGUAGGUAUUGUAUAAGAUUCUAGUCAGAUUGUAAAGAUUCGAACAGUUGACCAUGACGAGGAAGGCAAGGAUUUGAGAGCACCUGUUGCUCUCUGAUUCCAUCUGAUAAUAGACCAUCUUGAAAAUUAAUGUAUUUUCAGAGGUUCAUUUGGCUCCUAGAAAGUAGCCUUAAUGGAAAUGGAAUCCAUUAGCAAGGGCUGCUGCACAUGUUUGGUUCCUAGGAAAUGCUUGAAAAUGGAUCCUAUUUCAUGUUUUGGGGCCAUUUUCCUUCAUAAAAGUUGGGGAGCAAAUUUUUGGAGAUAUCAUUGGUCAUAUUCUUGAAAUGUUUAUGUAGCUAGCCUUGAAAUCUCAUCAAUGAUGCUAGAUAGUCGCGGUUGAUUUUCACUGUUUUUAGCUCAGCCACCAACUCGAAAUGAGAUAUGAAAAUGCUGAAUAAAAAGACAAGAUUUUUGAGCUCUGAAAAUGUAGAAUGAAAUUGGAAAGUAAAACUACAACACAGAAGGAAAAAAAAUUUAAAAAAAAAAGAAGAAGAAAGAAAAAAGAAAAAAAAGAAAAGAUAAUGAAAAAGGAACAACUGUAGGGAGGAAAAGGGGGCAUUAGCUUUGAAAAUUCAGAUUAACUCCAGUAAAGAAAAACAGUUUCCAAGAUCUGAAAAUGUGGAAAUUCCACCAAAGAAAAAAGAAAAAAGAAAAAAAAAACCAAAGAGAAUGGAAUUGGGAGAAAGAAAAGAACUUCGAAGGCUUGAGUUUGGAUCUAGCCUAUUUUUUUGUCCUCAUCCUAACACUAACUGGUGCAAAUGAUGGGCCGAGUAGAUGUCACGUACACAGCACAGUAGGCUCCACAAAGCUUUUUACUGCAUGGGAACGAUACAAGUAGUAUGAAAUUUGCAUCCCAAUUUGCUCCUUGUGCAAGAGAACACAAUCAUAGGCAUACAUCUACUUGUAUGUAUUAUUUAUUUUAUAUUUGAUCAUCCACACUGCUAAUGGCCCAUUUACAUUUGUGGAGCUGUAUCACUUAAAGUUUUAAGCUUUGAAUUCUUGAAGUUUUAAGCUUAAUGCUGAGAAGUUUAUGGGAGUAAGACACCAUCUGUUUAUUGCAGAUGUUUACCUGGCCCUGUUGAUCUAAUAAUUUCAUUCUUCGCGUCCAUCACCCAAUCAAUCCAAAGUGCAAACCCAUGGCAUAUUCCAGGUCGAGUGAACUCUACCUGCAGUACAAAAAAGUUUAAAAUGCAAUGUGGAACUAAAGAGCAGAACAUAGAGGUAGCCAUUCCAUGUACACUCAGGGACAACAGUUUCUGUCAAGAAAUGAGAAAGAUGGUCUGCUCUAUUAUGGCGCAAUUUAACUGGUAUUGGAAAUGUGGGCAACCUUGGAUUACAUGCAUCCCAAAAAUCAUUCUGAUUUUCUUUUGAAAGACCGAUUUGACCCCAUUUUCUGAAAGAUUGAUCUAACAAUCUAACUGUUUGAUCAAUGGGUUUUUCAUUAUUGAAAGUGAAUGCAAACUGUAUCACUUAAAGUGCCCAUUAGAAGGUUCUUGAUUGGAUGGUAUAUGAUGAUCGACAUUGAUUUAUCAUUUGUAGAGACACUUAGCAAAAAAGGGAAAGACUAUGACUUACAGUAGUAUCGGGGUAAAUUUUCACACCAAUUGAAUAGUUCUUUUAUUAUGUUUUGAGAUUAUUGUGUUCUUAAUUAGAUGUGGUAUACAAAUGAUGCAAUGUAUUGUGUUAAAUAGUAAAUUUUAUUUGUAGGGCGUGAUCGAAGUUCUUCUCAUGAUCUGUCAUUUCUAAAGAUUUGUUGUUUGGAAAAUUUGACUCUUUUAUUCGUUGGAAAUUAGUCAUCAUCUUGGCCUGUGGUAAAGUCCACAUUAAUGUGAAAAAAUGGACAUUGUUACUUGCUAAUGGUGGUAACAUUCUUUCUUUCUUUUUCCUUUUUCCUUUUUUCCUUUUUGUCAAGCUGAGAACUGUGAGAUGAAGUCCUCAAGUAGAAGAGCCAAAAGCAUAGAUAAAAAGGUGUGAAGUUGAACGAGCCAUUAUCUAAGGUUUUGGUUCUUGGCGACUUGGAACAAAAUAUUAGCCAAUACAUAUCAUAUUCUUUAAAAAAACCAAUAUGGUUGAUUUGGCCAAUGAAAAGGAUCCUGUUGUUAUUUGAUAGAUGUUUUACUUUCCUUCAGGGACAAGGCUUCAUGGUUGGGGUCCAAAUGAAUCCAAUCUUAGGCAUACCUUCUGGAUAUCCAGAAUUGUUGCAAUUUGUUCUAGAUCAUGUUGAAGAUAAGAGGGUGGAAUAUUUGCUUGAGACUUCCGAUAUCCUGAAUUAUGAAGUGUUGGACAUACCUUUGCUAGAAUUGCAAGGCUUGAAAACUCUGAAAGUUGCUUUGCAUCACUCCACUAAAGAUGAGGUGGUUAUUCACACUAUUAGAUUGCCCAAACGGAGUACUAUAGGGGAUGUAAUCAACGACUUGAAAACCAAGGUUAAUUUCUGCAACUGUUUAUGCACUUCUAUUCGAUGUGGUCCUCGUCUUCUUCAAGGUUUCCUUAAUGCAUGAGCCUAUUAUCCCACUCUUUCUUAAAAGAGGACAACUGCUUUUCUAAGCUAGUAGUUUAUUGAAACCCAGUUGAUAUGCAAUUGAGAUGCUUCUCAUGUAUUGACUGAUAGAAUGCUGCUAUUUUGGUGCCCUUGGAAGAAAAUCAACUGACUCUCUCCUGCAUUCUGCAAUAGGUUGAGCUGUUUCAUCCCAAUGCCGAGCUUCGACUGCUUCAGGCUUUCUGUCACAAGAUAUACAAGGUAUGUAUGUCUUUUGGAAAUUGCUAGGCAGUGGUUAAAGUUAAUUGCCAUCCUCUUGUGAACUGAUUUUGCCAAUGACCAGAAGUACUUUGCUUUGGAUCGGGAUUUUCCCAUGUCUAGUUAGACAUACCCCCCUUCAAAACAGCUGCUCCAUGGAAACUCAUAUCUGCCUUUUGUUGUGACUCUGCCGAGUCUUGGCAGUUUUUCUUUCAGAAGGAAAGUGUUGAGUCAACUGGGAGAAUGUUAGUUUAUAUCAAUGGAGUUGUCUUUGAGUUCCUAGAUCUUAGAAAGAACCAUGGAAAUGUAUUGCUCAUAGCCUAUUAAGAUCUUAUGUGAUUGGAAUAGUUCUGUAGGGCAUUUUUUAAAUAAAAACUUUUUUUUUUUUGGUUAUGUAAUCCAUUUACUUUGAUGGACAU